UGACUUAACUCUCUCUCUCUCUUCUCUCUUGCUCUGUGUUCCAGCAGGCAUGAAGAACACCAUAAGGUGUUGCAUCUCUUGCAUUCUUCCCUGUGGAGCACUGGAUGUGAUCCGCAUAGUCCACUCCAAUGGCCGCGUCGAAGAAAUCAGCGGCUCCAUCAAGGCCGCCGACGUCAUGAAGGCCUACCCCAACCACGUCCUCAAGAAACCAUGCUCCCCUUCCUCCGCCAACGAUGACGGCGUCGUCCCCAACAUCGUCAUCGUUCCUCCCGACGCAGACCUCCUACGCGGCAAGAUUUACUUCCUCACGCCGGAGGAGAAGACCCGGCCCAAAUCUUCGGCGGCGACGAAAACUAAGAGGAAGAAGAAGGAGCAGAGCGAGAGGACGUUGACCAACAGAGAUAGAGAUAGCGAUAGCAGCAACGCCGCCAUUUCCAUGGCUUAUCUGCAGAGUCUCUCCUCCGAUAGGUACUUGACGGAUAUACUCUCCGAGAAGCUCUCGACUCAGAAAGAUAGAAGACGAGGCCGCGUCGCCGUGUGGAGACCUCACCUGGAGAGCAUUUCGGAGUCUCCGAGUGAUCUGUAAACGGUGCUUCUUGAUUGGUUCCGAAAUCUUAUAUAUGGUUUCAAAGGAGCCUGCUUCAUCUUUUUUUUCCAUAUAUAUUACAGGGUUUAUAAUUUUCAACCAAUUUUUUGAACUUUCAAAGAAAGAUGAUGAAUUCCUUUUACCCUUGCUUCGUCUUCUUCCUCUGCCACUGCUUCUUCUCUGUACAUAGGCUUAUAGAUGGAGGAACGUGGUUGACAAAUGUAAUAAGGGUUAUGAUGUUAUGGAUUUUGAAACCGGGCUGCUGAAGAGCUAGAGGUAGAGAUAAUUCUGGAAUCAAAUUAGCGCAUAAAACGGGUCGGUUUCGAUUCCAGAAAUGAUUUUGAUCUUUUAUAAUCUUUUGAGUGGUCAUUGUUCACUUAGUGGGACAUAUGAUACAGAUCAAAUCAUGGGUUACUGUAAAAUUGUAU